GGCAUGUUGUGUCUCCGUGUCUCCGCCGCACCUCCAGCCACCCCUAGACAUCACUGUCAUGGGUAAGGGAAAGAAAAAAGCAGGUGGUGCAGCUUCGGGAGCCGGGGGCGUUGGAGACCAGAAAGCCGUGCGCGCCGCCGUAGAAACCAUAGUGAACGAUGCGGUGAAAUUGCAGGACUCAGCGAGCGACCUCCCAGCUCCUCAAGCUUUGGCUGCGCUCCAGGCCGCGGCUGCGAAAUAUCGCGAGGCGCUGGCGCGAUUACCGCGGCACGCGGAGGCUGCCUACAACCUGGCGACCUGCCUAUCGGAACAGGCAGACUCGGACUUGAAUCCCGACAUGAGGGAACAGAUGGCCUUGCUGAGCGAGUCUCGAUCCUUGCUGGAGUCUGUGAUCGAAGCGGACACAAGCGGGAGGGGGGCCACCACGGCUCUGGCGCAUCACGCUCUAGGAAACGUCAUUUGCGCCGUGGUGGAAGCGUUCGAGGACCAGCGCCCCACGGUUCAGUGCGCGGACGGCUCUGUCGAGUGUCCUUCUGCCGCGGCGCGCAAGGAACACUUGUCCCUGGCCUGUAGGCACUUCGAGGCGUCGGUGUCGAUCACGAAACGGCUGCAGAACCAAUCGGGGGAAGCGGAGGAAGUCCUCAUACACUGGGGAGACGCGUUGUCAAGCAUGAUGCAGAUUGUCAUGGACGACGGUGCAACAGCGGAGAGAAGCUCGAGCGAACACCCACCGCCACCACCGCCCUCAUCACUUGUACAGGAAGUGUUGGGGCUUUGCUCCAACGCCUGCAGCAAGUACUCCGAGGCGUUAGCGUCGGAAACGAGCAGCGGAGGUUCGGAUACGGACAUUCUCCGGCUUAAGGCGGGAACGGUGGUGAACUUCUUAGACUGGGCUCUCCCGGAAGCUCUUCCCCCCGAGGCGCCGAUCGGUGGGUCAGACGUGGGUUUUCCGGCGGAGGAAAUCCUCGCUGCGGGAGAGGAAGCAGUGCAAGCACUCCUGGCCCUGGAUGACAGCAGCAUGGACGGCAUGUUAGCGAAGGCAGAUCUAUGCAGAUUGCGAGCGAGGACAUCGAUGUUGUCGGGAGCCAGCGUGGAAGAAGAAGGAGCUCGGAGGGAAGAGUCAGUGGCGUGGUUCGCGAGGGCCGCGACAGGGUUUCCUCAGGAUGCAGGCGUGCUGACGGCCGCAGGGGAAGGGUUGUUGGAGUACGGCAGGCGGUCGAUGGCGCUGUAUCAGGAGGUGGCCGUGGGCUCGGUAGGGCAGAGUCCGUACGGAUACGGUUCGGCCCCCGGGCCUGCCGCACCGCAUGUCGAGGGAAUGCGAAUGUCUGCGAUCACACGGCUGCAGGAAGCGGGAAGACUCCUGGCCGAGGCGUGUUCUUUCGACGUCUCGGAUGCCAACUCUCCGUACAACGCGGCCUGCGCGUUCGCCCUCGCCGGGGACCCUGGUUCUUGCUUUCGCGCCUUGAGCGAGUACUGCCGACGGCUCACGCUAGCUGCGAACGGCUCGUCUGGCAAGAGAGAAGCGGCAAGACGGUCGCUGCGGGAGGCCGGCAACGACGUAGAUUUGGAAGAGGUUCGCGGGGCCCCGUGGUUUGUCGACUUGUUGAGGGGUACGGAUGCUACCCUCGUUGGAUCGGGCUGAUGGGACCGCUGGCCGUGGUUUGGGGUGUAGAUAUUGGGCCUUGUACAUUGUGGAAUGGGUCAGCACGGCGCGGUAGAAGUUGCAACAAGAAGAGGGAGACAAUCCCUCGCUUGGCGUCAGGCGAAGCGUUUUGUUGUGUCAACGUUUGGCGUGGCACAGUAGGCAUGCCUUAGCUGCUCUAGAUAUUUUUUAUCGGAUUGGGUCGGGGACGCCUGCGUACAUCUCGCCCCUAUUAUUUGUUCGUGCCCGAUUGAGUCUGCUUUGCUCGGGGAUUAGUGGCUGUAUUUUUGCAUUGUUGUCGACACAAGAUUGCUUCAUUUCAGUGUGACUCACAGUCGAACACCCGAACCGGAUGGUAGGGGUGACGGUGUUUACGCGCUGUUCAAGAGAGUGUACGGUUGAACGAACUGGAAGAAGCGUUUCCUCUUUGCUGUAGGCUGUUUGGCUAUUGGGAAGGCUA